AUGCAAAUCUUUGUUAAAACUCUCACCGGUAAAACUAUUACACUUGAAGUCGAACCAAGUGAUACCAUCGAAAAUGUCAAAGCAAAAAUCCAAGAUAAAGAAGGUAUUCCACCUGAUCAACAGCGACUCAUUUUUGCCGGCAAACAACUCGAAGAUGGUCGCACGUUAAGUGAUUAUAACAUUCAAAAAGAAAGUACACUCCACCUUGUACUUCGCUUACGUGGUGGUAUGCAAAUAUUCGUGAAAACUCUUACUGGCAAAACAAUCACACUCGAAGUCGAACCAAGCGACACCAUCGAUAAUGUCAAAGCUAAAAUUCAAGACAAAGAAGGUAUUCCACCUGAUCAACAACGUCUCAUCUUUGCUGGUAAACAACUUGAAGAUGGUCGCACGUUAAGUGAUUACAAUAUUCAAAAAGAAAGCACCCUUCACCUUGUACUUCGAUUACGUGGUGGUAUGCAAAUAUUCGUAAAAACUCUCACCGGCAAAACAAUCACACUUGAAGUUGAACCAAGCGACACAAUCGAAAAUGUGAAAGCAAAAAUCCAAGACAAAGAAGGUAUUCCGCCUGAUCAACAACGUCUCAUUUUUGCCGGUAAACAAUUAGAAGAUGGUCGAACAUUAAGUGAUUACAACAUCCAAAAAGAAAGUACACUCCAUCUUGUUCUUCGAUUACGUGGUGGUGAUGAUCAAUAA